CCAGACAUGGCGCAGGGAGCUGGGACUUUGGGGGUUCUCUAAUCCCCAGUGAGGAGCCUGGUCGCCCGGGACAGAAGGUAAAGCAUUAGACAUGGCUUCCGCAGGACUCUACAAAAUGGGCCGAGGAGAAGUAGCUGUAUCCAACUGUUUCCCUCCAAGAAACCUUCUUCGCCUGAGUAAUGGAAGUGCUGGUCAUUGGCUGAUGGCUCAUAAAACUACCCCAGAGGGUAGGUUCAGGGCCUUGGUCUGCUCAGCUUCAUCAGACCAUGCUAGAAGCUCUGACCUAAAAAAUACCUCGACUACUGGUCAGCAAAGAAGAAGGCCCUCACACAGAACACUGGGCAAUCAGGAAUGUGUCAUGGAUGGCCCGUUUCUGAUGAAAACUCAUUUUGUGGAAAGACCAGAUGAUCUCUGCUCUGUGAAUGUCAGUGACAGGAAUCUGACUUCAGCUCACACAGAAGACUUCCUGCAGUUUACAUGUGUGGCAUACAUGAAUGCCUCGGAAAAUCGGCUGCUAUUAGAGGAUUUCAGUACAUUCCCAAUGCUUAGAGAAUUGGACAUCUCCCUAAAUGAGAUCAAUCGGAUUCAUAUAAAACAAGAACAUUUUCCUAACCUCGAGGUGUUGGACCUGUCCUACAAUAACUUGUCACCAGAUGACAUCUCCCAGCUUGGUGUGCUCCCACAACUGCGAGUGCUUCAUCUAACCGGGAACAGACUCACUCAUCUCCCACCAGACAUGAGCGGUUCUCAUUGCAAUGAUUUGAUGUGUUUCCCGUCACUUGAAAUUCUGAUGCUGGACGAUAACAGACUGUCUCAGGCUUCAGUGUUUGGAUGUUUGGCCAAUCUAAAAAGGCUGCACCAGCUGAAUCUUGAUAAAAAUGGUAUUACGGAAAUCCCAUACCUUCUGGAGCUGGACCUUGACAGUUCUAUGGAUAGUCCUCCUGGAAAAACAAGAACAAAGAAGCAACCCACACCGGGAGGAAGCAUUAGCCACAGCAAGCAAAGUAAACGAGAAAAUAACAAGAAAACAUCUGAAGAGGACCGAUUUCAUGAGACGGAUAAGGACAUUGAUUACAUAGUGUUCCCCAAUGCAGACGAUCCUGACCGAACAGAUAUUCUAUUUACCUCGAUCGACCGCCCACAUACUGAUCGCUUGCCGGAACAGGCUGUUACAACCCAAGGCUCCUCUUUACUGCCUGACUUUGAUCCGGCUGCCACAGACAGGACCAGUCAGCAAUUCUCACCUCCCCUACCAAAUCUAAGAUUCCUGAGCCUGGCAAAUAACAAGAUUGCAUAUGAAGAAAACCUGCUAGCAGCUGCUUUGUUCCCCUCGCUGGAGGAGCUAGUGAUCCAUGGAAACCCUCUGGUAACUCUCAGAAAGGGUGAUUCCCCUUUGCUGAAAACUUUCUUCCAGGAACGUCUGGGCAUCAGAAUAAUUCGGAGGAGAAUGCCUGAACCUCCCAAACCACGCAUUUAUAUUUCAAUUAAUGAGCAGAGGAAGGUGAAUGAACAUGUUCCAAAGAUCCCCAAACAACCUCUAAUGUUGGAGUCUCCAUCAACCUUUUUGAAUUUACUACUUAGUAGCAGCGACCAAGUAGGUGAUGGCAAGGACUUCAGGCUGCCACCAAGCCCCCUUCCUCCUAUAAAAUCAUCACAAGAGGAAAGGGACAGAUACCACAAGAUGAAUCAGGAACCCAUGACUGUCCCUGAAACAGAGGACACAGAGGAUGCGGAUUCUGCUGUUGAGUCUGUGUUUAUGACACAGGCGGAUGAAGUUUCGAAUUCCCUCCACAUCACCAGCCCAAUAUCGCCAUGUAAUUUGGAUAAAGAGAUGAAAGAAGAUGUAGUAGUUACACAGAAAGAUAUUCCAGAAAAGUUUAAAGGUUAUGAAGUAUUCCUUGACGUGCAGACAGAUCCCAGCUUUAUCGAGCCAGUCGGUAUCCAGAGCAACGUCAGAGCACUUGAAAAGGCCCUGAAACAUCUGCACAUACUCAGGGACUUCAAACCAAGACUACGGAGUAUCCAAAAACCCUUUACUCAUAGAGAAACAAAGCUUGGUAAAGAUCCACUCCUGUCAUUUCGGAAGACUAAGAAGGAAUUGGUAAAGGAUAUAAUAAUAAAUAUGAGAGAACAAAGGCACGUAACAGAGAAAGCACUAGAAUCUGAUUUACAAAAUGAAAACUCAAGCAAGGAAUACAAGAACGCCCAACAGCUAUUGAACCAGCUGCAGGAUAAAUACAGGUCAUUCUACACAGAAACUGUGAAAAGAGCAAACGAACUGGAAACCAGCCUCAAAGAGACAGCAAAGAAGCUACAAGAAGCUGAACGACAGCUGGGGAAUAUAUAGGGACAGAGUAAGCGGGGUGUAAUAAACCUUUGCAUAGUCACAGAUUAUGUACUGGAGAUCAUCCGGUUUUAUUAUGUCUUUAAGGAUCGGAGACAUGGACGAUUGAAAGCUGAGCAAUCAUGGAACGUUCCCUUCGUAAA